AUGCCGCAUUCAGUUAACGGCACGACUAACGAUCCGAACAAAGAUGAUAAAAAACAAAUACGUGAAAAAAAGGAAAGACACACUUUAAUAAAUGCAGAUGGAGAAAGGCUAUUUUGCAAAUAUUGGGUAAAUGAAAUUGCCAACUUUACACCAAAAGGUUUGGUUUUCAUAGCACAUGGCUAUGCAGAACACUGUUUGCGCUACACCCAGUUAGCUCAUACUCUCAUCAAACAACAACUCUAUCCAUUUUCCCACGAUCAUGUGGGCCAUGGUCAAAGUGAGGGAGAAGAGGUUAAUGUGUUACAUUUUGAUUAUUUUGCUCGUGAUAUAAUCCAACAUAUCAACAUGGUGAAAAGUAAAUUCCCAGGCAUUCCAGUUUUCAUCAUUGGACAUUCUAUGGGAGGUUGCAUUGCAUUGAGAAUCAGUCUCAAAAGGCCUGAUUUAAUAAGCAAAAUGGUUCUUAUUGGUCCAUGUGUCAUUCCAUUUAAAGAGGUGAACAAUUUUUGUGUGCGUUCUUUAGUGAAAUUUCUGGGUGCCUUCUUCCCUGAUUUUCCAAUUUUUGUUAAAGUCAACGAAAACAUGCUCACUUGGAAUGAACAACAGAUUGCUUUAAUUAAGACUGAUCCUCUCACCUAUCAUGGAUUCAUGAAAGCAGGAUUUAUAAAAACCUUUAUUGAAGCCCUUUCUGAUCUUCAAGUAAAUCUUCCCAAAAUCAAUUGCCCAAUGUUAAUCCUGCAUGGACAAGAAGACAUCAUUGUUCCACCUGAACAUUCAAAGAUUUUGCAUGAAAAAGCUUCAAGUCAGGAUAAAACGUUAAAGAUCUAUCCAGAACUGCGGCACCAGCUUCAUGCAGAAAAAGAACCAGACGGUGAUGCCAUUCGACAAGAAAUUGUUCAGUGGCUCAUCACACCAACUAAAUAA